AUGAACUUUUUCUUGGUCUUCUGUGCGGUGAUCUUUCUCCUCCAGAACGACUACCUCCACGUGGCGCAGGCGCUGGCGCAGACAGCGUGCAUUGGCACGCAGGCAGUGGUACCUGUACAAAACAAAUCAGGUGAAUCUGAGUGUCUCGCAAUUGCGUCUGAUUUGGUGCACUUUGCAGCGACACCAUUCUCGAGACCUUGCAUUUCUUGCCAAGAUCCAACACGAGAUGGCGAAUCGUUCGCAACCAUGGCACUGCACGUGGUGCAAAAAAGACAUCAAGGGCAGUUACUCCAAUUGUGGCUUCUGUGGAGCCCAUUGGACGGAAUGCCAGGCCCAAACACCGAGAUCAGCAAAGUCGCCUCGGUCACCAAGGAGUCGGCAGAGGUCUUCACAAUGGACUUACGCAGGCGUUUGCCACGGAAAUCUCCUGCUCGAACCCCACAUGCUCCAAAGGACACCAAGAAGAAGAAGAAUGCAGCUCGAGCUCAUCCACCAGCAGAACCAGAGUGGGAAUACGCCCAGCAGAAGGACGUGGGGGACAACACAGUAGAUCCUCAGCCUUCCAAUGCCGUGGAACAACAGCUGAAAGAAUUGGCUUCGGCCGUCAAGCAGAUGGAUCAACCCUUGACACCAGAUGUUCAGCGAGCUCUUGCAAACGCUCAGAAGGUAGUGGUGGUCGAUCCUACCAUUCAGCUACAGAGUGCGGCUGCCAAGUUACGCAAUGCUCGAGAUCAUCUCCUUCAAGCACGCAGAGCUCGGCAAAGCAUGCACAAUUCUUGGGCCAAAUUCAUCGCAGAAGCUGUCCAACGGUGGAAUCAACACACAGAAGAUUUCGAAGCUCGAGACGCAGAGCACGUGAGUGCUAUCCAGGAAGCACUGGAGAAGUACCAGAGUGCUCAAGAGACCAUGGAGAAGUCCAAAGAAGCUGUGAGUGCGUCAGACAUCAGCAUUGUCGAGAACGUCGAGCCGACGGACGAGGAGCUCAUGGCAGAUGUGACUCCCAGCAUACAGGACGAUCUGCGUGCAAUGGUGCAGAGUUUCGACAAGAUUCGUGCCAGGCAGGACGAGGCUCUGGAAGGGAUCUCCACAGCAGUUUGCUCUGCUCAGUGGACACACAGUGGUUUAGAGGAAGUGAACUUCACCACCCCGUGGGCUGCCAUUGAACGUGCCGCUGAUCAGUGCCUUGAUGUCUUUGGCCUCAAGGAGUGUUCCCGACUGUUGGAAGGGUCCAAUGGUCUUUUUACUGAUUUGCGCGCUUCAAGUUCGGCAUCUCACUCUAUUUCCAAAAAGGUGACGUUUACAAAUCAGAUUGAAUUGCUCUAUGGAAGCGAAGAUGGAGUUUUGUCAUCGAUUUUCAUGACACAAGACAGCUUGCGAGAAUGGGAAGAGAAGCCUUGGACACUUCAUGCUGAUCCUUUGAUCUCUGUCGUGGAACCGCUGUCACCCGUGGCCGUGUUGAUCCCGACAGGAGGCAUGCGCACAGAUGUGGUCUUUGGCGCUCCCUCUCAAUCAGAACAUGCAGCAGGUUUCUGUGCCCAACAGAACGCCUCGUCAACCACUCCAGAGGCAGCCGCUGCAUAUCAACCAUCCGAUUUAGCUCGAUUUGACAUGGACCAGACAUGGCUUUUGCAGUUGCGUAUUGCAUGGCGCGAGUUUGCGGCUGAAGCACAUCAAGGUGAAGGGCGGACAUUGCCAGUUGUAAGCUGGUAUCUUCACCAUCAAGAUGAGACGCACUGCCGUCAGCCAAGAUCUCUCGAGUUGGAUCGAAUGGAUCAUCUUUGGCUUGCAGAUCUACGAGAGUUAUGGGCAGAUCAUAUUCAUGAUGGAGAAGCCCUGCACAUCACAUAUGUACAGCCGCUACCUCCACGUGACGAUGCUCAACCCUUUGCACCACAUGUCAUCUUGACACAAGGUCUUGUACCUGAUCGUAUUGGAGUUGUCAUGACUGUAAGAUUCAUUCAAGAUCAUCAUGUACACUUGUUGCAAGAGGCUGUUUCAUCACCUCGCUGGAUGUGUGGACGUAGAGCGGUCGACUUGCUUCACGUCAAUCAACUCAUUCAAGAUAGACGAUGGGUAGCACGAUCUGGCAUUCUGUGGUUUGACGAGCAUGAACUGGAAGAAAUUGCCGAAGGAUUGAGUAUCAACAUUGACAUCCGCGUGCCCACUCCGGAUUUUGAUGAAACCUCCUUCGCAGCAUGGACUAGGGGAAAUUUUCCUCCUGAUCAGCCGCUCUUUGAUCUUCCCCAAGCGGUGCAACAACAUGAAGCAUUUCAGGAUGACGCUUCCGAGGCUGAUAGCUCACCAGAUGACGCAUCACACUCUGGAGUUGACUGGCGCUUCACGCAUGUUUAUCGAACGAGGCAUCGUGUAUAUCAUGGCCAUUUACCAUGGGACAAUGCCUUCGAAUUUCAAGGUCGGGUUUCGCACCUCACCGGUGUGGCAGAGGAUGACAUUGCCUACUGCCAUCAUGUAGAACAUCGGCCAUCAGACCUAGAGGCAGCUCAUACUGAAGUCCUUCUUAUGCAGUCGGUAGCUGAUCUAGCCAUUGGCUCAGUGCAUCGGCUGGUUUUGGUUGACAUUGAGUUUCAUGAACAUUGGCCAGCCACGGACAUUUCCACAUCACGGCGCUGCUUGUCGUUGCCCCACUUGUCACAGAGACGUACUUUGAUGCGCCUGCUGGGUCUUGACAUUUAUUGUGAGCGCCAACGUACCAAGUGUUUGAUGUGGCUGAAUCACAAGUUGAUACCUGUGCAACAAUAUCGGAGCUUCCACCUAGAACAUGGUGAUUACCUACGAGUGGCUAUUCCACCAUUGACCACAGCAGAACCAAAGGUAUCCACUCGAACUUGUGUCAGUAUGUCGCGCCAGCGUCGACAUCGAAAUCGACCUCGUGCAGUUCACCUUCGUCGUCAACCACAUCAUGAAGUUGGCAUGACUGAUGUUGAUGAACUCGACCUUGGACUGCAUGACGACAUGACAGCCAUGAUUCAAUUUGACACUGGAGUGUUGACCACAUUCCCACAGCCAGUCAAUGCUUUGUUAGCAUCUGAGACUGCUGAGUUAGUCCAGGCCACUGGGAUUUCUUCCAAGUGCAAUGAGCCCAUGGACAAACUUGAUGAUGAUACACCAGAACGUGUACAAGAAGCUCGGUUUCAGGCUCUCCAAGCUGAUCCCUUGCAAGCACAGUUAGCUAGACAGCCACCAUUUGUGACUGAACUUUUUCAGAUUGUCUUGCAGCGUAUGCAGCCAGCAGGCCUUGUGCAUGAGAAUGCCAUCUUUGUUGAAACGUGGUUCAGUGAUCAUGAACGCAGACCACACAGCGGUUUGGGUCGCGUGGUUCGUCUUGAAGCUGACUUCCGCACUUGGUAUACAGCUAUUGUUAUGGCAUGGGAAGAUCACAUUGAUCCCUUUCAUGAUCUUGCUUGCUACAUUGCCAACCCUCAACCCAAUGGUGGUGAUCCUGACGUGCUGUUGCACAUUGUCCUGGUGCAGAACGCGCGACCACAUAUGGUCUCAACUUUGGUGGCUGUUUCCAACCCAGAGGAAGAUCCAUGGCAUCCACGGCUCCUUUGCUUGAUGCUGACACGUACCCAUCUUCAUCAUGAUCUUCUUGAAUUGGUUGAUGUUGAUCGUCGUUGUGGUGAUGGCAUCCCAAGUAUAUUAUGUCGAAUUUGGUGGCACGAUCAAGAGAUUACUCCAACAUGGGUGACACCGAUACCCCACGGAGCGACUAUGCUUUUCUCCAUUCAGCCGGAAGGCCCUGGGAUAGCUUCUGCGCCAGAGGUAGAGGAUGAAGACACCUCUUCCACACUGCAAACGCUGACUACAAAGCGGAUUGUUCAGCUUGAACAUGUGGUAGCUCCACCUGCUGAUCCAGUUUGGGUCAAGGUAGACUGUGCGAAGGUUCUCUUCUUGCGGCGACAGUUGCUGGAAUGGCCCCAGGUUCAGCCCACCUAUGAGUGGAGUGAUGUGGCAUGGCGCGCAGCUACUCUCCAAGCGCUUCAGUCACUGAAGACGUGGACUCAUGAGCAUCCACUUGGCUUUACCUUUUUCACCGACGGUUCAGCCAGUCGGCAGUCGCCCACGGCCACGGCUGCAGCCGUUUUGAUUGUUGCCACAGUUGACGGUGACCGUUGGGGCGGCUAUGUGACAGCAGGAAGCCUUGGAGAGCCAACUGCUCCUCGUGCUGAAGCCACCGCCCUGAUGCUAGCUAUACGUUGGUGCUGUCAGCUUCAAGUCCAACAAGGGUUCUCCAGCACAUGGGUUGAAUUUGCGUUUGAUUGUCAAACAGUUGCUGGUGUUGCACAAGGUCAGCUUGGAAGCCAACACAACUCAGAUCUGCUUGUUCCAGUGCGUGCACUUCUUCACUGGCUUGAACUUUUCAAUUCAGUUCCUUUCACCUGGACUCAUCUGCGAGGCCAUACAGGUCAUCCCUGGAACGAGGCAGCGGACACACUUUGUCAUCAUGCCCGUCUUUCUGGAGCAACAGUUGCGGAUAUGUCCAUGUUUCAACAACAAUGUGGAUUUGAUGACCGAGACUUUACUCCGGUACAAUGGCUAUGGCUUUUGGAACAAUCAGUCCGUGGCGAUGUUACGGCACCACCUUUGAAAGAUUUGCAGUGGCACUUCAACAUUGCUCAACCUCUUAGUUCACAGCCUGAUGUCACGCAACAGCCAAUCUCUCGACGUCGAGAUGUUCAGCCAGACGGACCACGGCAUGCCAAGCUCAUCAAGCUGCAAUUUGCAACGGCCAAUGUCCUGACACUCUUUCCAGGACAGAGCUAUGCUUCACAAUACAUGAGUGCUCGUGCGGAAAGUCUGAAUCAACAAUUUCAUGAUUGUGGCUUUCACUUUGUUGGCUUGCAAGAGACUCGAAGUCGGCAAGAAGGUCACAUUCGACUACCGCACUAUCAUGUGCUUUCGGCCCCAGCAACCCAACGUGGCGUUGGCGGUGUUCAACUUUGGAUUCACCACAAGAUUGCGUUCCAAGACAUCGUUCUCCAAGUUGAGACUCAUCAUCUUCACAUUCUUCAUGCGACUGCCCAAAGACUUGUGGUUCGUUUCCAAUGUCAAGGGAUGCGGCUCCUGUUGGUCGUUCUACAUGCGCCAGUUGAUCAGGAUGAAGAACAUUUACAAUCCUUUUGGAGAGCAACCACUCACGCCAUUCCAAAACGAUACCGUUCUUGGAGCUUAUUCGUUUUGGCGGAUGCCAACAGCAGACUUGGUUCGGUGCAAUCUGAUGCUGUUGGUGAUUGGCAAUCCGAAGAGGAGAACAUCAAAGGGCAGCACUUCCAUCAGUGGUUGUUGGAACACUCCUUAUUUGUUCCCCAGACUCUAUCCACUUGCCACAUCGGACCAAGUGCCACCUGGACCCACGCAACUGGGACCACCGCAAGACUCGACUAUAUUGCUUGCCCACAAGAACUUGGUGACGCAGGCAUUGAAACCUGGGUAGAGGAGCGUAUUGACCUCUCCCUACAACGGGAAGAUCAUGCCUGUGUAUGUGCACAAAUCCCAGUUGUUUUUCAUGCAAGCUCUCCGCCGCAGAGAACACAACGCAGUCCUCUAGCUGAUGACUUUGUGCCUCCCAGCUGGAACACGGAUGUGCACACACAUGCUGCAGCCUUGCAAACUUGGCUGAGUCAAAGGCAACAUCCACAAGUUGUCAAGAGGAAACAACACCUGACCUCUGACACAUUUCAGUUAAUUCAGGCCAAACGCUAUCAUCGGCAGAGCCUUGCUCGUCUGCGUCGACACCGACGACAUGCGAUGCUGCGUCAGAUCUUUCUCAGCUGGAAGGAGCAACAGGCGCCUCACGAUGAUUUUGGACCAUGGCUUCGUGCAUGUGAUCUUCAAGAAGCUCGUCAUCUCGGUGCCUUUCAGGACCUAGCGGUCCGUGUGGUUGCUGCAGUCCGACAAGACGACUGCGCCUUCUACGAGGAGUUAGCCCAGCAUGCAGGGAGCGAGUCACAGAAGAGUGCAAGGCAUUUGUGGCAAGCCAUUCGUUUUGCAUUGCCAAAAUGGAGGGCCAAGCAACGGUCAAAUUUGAGGUGCGCCGGACCAACGGUCCCGGAGAAAGCGGCGCACUACAAUCAACUUGAAGCUGGUGAACUUGUGCCUUUUGAUUUGCUGUUGAGGAAGUGUUGGACUUCACAGUUUGAAGCCAUGUCUGAAGCGCCUCUACAGAUCCCGCUGCAAGAGCUUCCUACCCGGGCUUCGGUUGAACAUUUGUGUGCCAAACAGAAUGUUGCCAAGGCCUCUGGACUUGAUACAGUUUCUCCACGUCUUGUACGAGAACAUGGCAUUACCUUGGCCCCAGCUCUUACAGCGCUGUUCUUGAAGAUCUGGACCACUGGAGCUGAGCCGUGGCAAUGGAAGGGUGGUUUGAUUCAUACAAUUGGGAAGAAGCACAAGAGCCCUCACAUAGAGGACAUGCGCGGCAUCGCCUUGCUCGAUGUGACAGGCAAAUUGUCCCAUGCUCUUCUUCGAGCUCAAAUGAUUCCAGCACUUCAACGUGUUAGAGCACCCCUUCAAUUGGGUGGCUUCGCCAAGCAGACCACGACCUUCGCGACCCACUAUUUGAGGGCAUUUGAGCAACUUGCAUCCACCCAACGAAUGUCUUCUUGUGUGAUAUUUUUGGAUAUUAAAAGUGCCUUUCAUUCACUGGUUCGCGAGAUCAUUUUUGACAUCAACCUUCCUUUACCACCUCGAUUGGCGGAAGUCUUGCACGCGGCGGGGUGUGACCCAGAGGUUGUGACUCGUCGGUGUCAAAGUGAUCGUUUUAGUGGCCACUUGUCGCCGGUGUUGGUCAGAUUAUUGAGCGAUGCACACACUCACACGUGGUACACAUUGGCAUCCUCUGAUGAAAUUCAUCACACUCAUCGAGGAAGUCGGCCAGGUUCACCUUUAGCCGAUGCAGCCUACAAUGCUCUGAUGACAGCAGUCAUCUCUGACUUGCAACUGGCGCUUGAUACUCAUCCGCCCUUGCAGAAAGCACAUGCGCAAUUUGGCCUUUCCCCAUCCAUUGUGGCCUGGAUUGAUGAUUUGGCGCUUCCCCUGGUAUUCCAGAGUGCCAAUGACGUCAGGCCAGUGACCUCUGACGUGAUGCAUCUCGUUGAGAAAGUAUGCAGAUCAUUUGGCUUGAGUCUCAACAUGAAGCGUGGCAAGACAGAGGCAGUGGUUGCUUUUCGGGGAGACACUGCACCUGCUCAACGACGUGAAUGCUUUGGGGAAUGCCAAGGAGUUUUGUGUGCAUCUUUGCCUUGCGGUGUUUUGAGGUGUGUUCCAAGAUAUGAACAUUUGGGAACCCUUUUUACUGCUGAAGGCGCCAUUGAAGCUGAAGUUGCCCAUCGCCUCUCGAAAGCAACUCAUGCAUUUCAUCAAGUCCGACGAUCGAUUUUGACCAACCGACACAUCACCAUCACAACGCGGUUGAAAUUAUUUGAAGGGCUCAUCAUUCCAGUCCUACUUCAUGGAGCCGGUAAUUGGCCUUUGCUUUCCAGUCGCACGUUGCAGAAAUUGAACGGGGCAUAUUUCAAAUGGAUCCGGACGAUUGUGCGGAACGGCUUCUGGGCUCCAGAUAUGCUUUCAGAUCAGCAUCUACUCAUGCAUUGGCGUUUGCCAUCGAUAUCACUUCGUUUGGCCAAGAUGAGACUUCUUUAUGCAUUUCACUUGGUGCAAGACUGUCCAUCACUCAUUGUUGAUGUGGUGACUGCAGCCUCCACGCAUGCUUUGUCCUGGAUUCCGGCACUUCGACAUGCUUUGUCGUGGCUCGCAGGCAUGGAUUCGACUAUCUCCUUGGAUGAUCCCAAACAUGUUGGUGUUGAAGACAUUUUUGCAUGGCUGACGACCAAUCGAGUUUCUGGUCCUAAACUUGUUCGUCGACUAUUUCAUCGUGCUCUUCAACAAGGGCACAUGGUUCAUCGAGUUGUUCAAGCACACUGGAGGCUGCAACAUUGCUUCAAGCAGUCGGAUCCGGUUCAUGGACGAGCUCCAGGAGAUGUACUUGCACAUGAAUGUCGACUCUGUGCCAAACAGUUUGGUACCCUGAAUCAGCUUCAAGUUCAUCUCUGGAUCGCACAUGAAGUUAUCUCUCCUGAACGACAAAUGAUGCGAUCCACGACUUGUGAUGCAUGUCACAGAUGUUUUUGGACUUCUCAGCGUCUUCAACAGCAUCUUCGUUUCAGUCGUCAGCGUAAGAACGGUUGUUACGAGCAAUUGACAUGGAGGCGAUUUCCAGCCAUGACUGCGCCAGCGAUUGAUGAACUACCAGCAGAAGCCCGUUUUCACCGGCAACCAGUGAUGGUAGUUGACACAGCUCCGACACAAGCCGAAGUUGACAUCACUUCUCGUGCAGAUGCUGAUCGUGUCCUUCAACAAUGUUGGGAGGCAGAAGGGCUGCCUGAGGAAAUUGAUUUGCCCUUCCGAGACCGCAUGUUUGCAGAGUUUGAUGCUGUGCUUCAUGCUUGGCAGCAACCCAGCGGGGAUAUGGUCGAACAGAUCUUUUUCGAUUUGGUUCAUUUGGCAGAUGGUGCACAGUUUGCCGAUGAUCAAGGAGUUGUUGGAGAAUGGGUCUUCUGUUUGUGGAUCCUGGACUUUUUCAGGUGCUCGCGCUUUCCUGGCUUGAAGGCAGAAGGUUUUCAACGUUUGGACAGUGCUUUGCAGCAGUUCUUGGUGGACUCCCACAUCGGACGAUUGGUUAGCUGGCAACGUCGCAUGGACUUGGCGUACCAACCGCUGGAGUUCGACAGCCCUCAGAUGCCUUUGCACAAGGCGCUGGAACCAAUUGUAGACCCGUGUAACAUGCAGAUUCAUUUUCUUGCCAAUGUUUUUGAAGGUGAUCUCAUGUUUCCACCCUCCGGUAAAGUGCCUUUAUGUAGGGUUAAUGAUCGCACAGUUAUCGUUAUCCUGCAUUUGUUCAGCGGAAGACACCGAAUUGGUGACUGCCACUGGUGGGUUCGAGCCAUCGCAGACAAGAUCCUCCCUGAGUAUCCGGUUUUGCUGAUCUCUGUUGACACCGCCAUUGACACGACCUUCGGCGAUUUGUCCAACGGGAGCAACUACGAGUUGAUCCUGGGCAUGGCCCGAAAAGGCGCAGUUGCUGGGUCUCUCACUGGGCCCCCCUGCGAGACGUUUUCGGCAGCCAGAAACCUACAGCUUGAUCACCAGCGAGGUCCUCGUCCGCUUAGGACGGCUUUGACUCCGUGGUGUUUGCAAGAACGCACGUGCCGUGAGCUUCAACAAUGCGACACUGGCACUGAACUCCUGAUGAACUCGCUCCUGCUGGAAACUACAAUCGUUUGUGAAGGAGGUGGCACCAUUAUGGAACACCCUGCGGAGCCGAAUGACGAAGACAAGGUCUCCGUUUGGCGCCUGGCGUGUCAUGAGCAAUGGUGCAUGAAGCUUCCACAAGCGUGCCAACACAGGAUCGAGCAAUGGCUCUUCGGUGCCCGUGGCAUUAAGCCCACCAACCUGCGAGCCAUCAACCUGGGAGAGCCGUGCAUUGUUGGCCGCGCCUUGCUUUCUGGUGCUGAAAUGUGGCGCGUGAAACCGUCACAAGGCCUUAAAGGCAAAGAUGCUGCCGGACAGUAUCGUACCGCCCAGGCAAAGGAGUAUCCCAGCGCAUUGUGUCGCAGCAUGGUCGUAGCCAUUCUGAGCGGGUUGCGUGAACGCAUCCACAAAGAUGGUGUGCGGGAUGCUGCGUUGCUUUCAGACAGUGAAACGCGCUGGCUGGAGCAUAUGCGUAGGCAAUCAGAAGUCCUCGCUCGUUCAAGUUUCUUACCAGACUAUCAGCGAGCUUGA